ACUGAAGUCCAUCAACCACACAUUUCAACGACAGCACUUCCUCAUACAUGUGCACUUGCCGUUUCAUUACCGUAAGACACACAGCUGCAUGCUCGCACUCCUGCUUGUUAAUGAAAAGUCAAACUUAAACUGAUGCCAGAGGCAUAGUAGCAGCACCGGAUCCAGUGGACGUAUUUGUCUCCUCUGCACAGCCAAGGCAAAUGGACAAGACAUCACCAAAUGCUCAGGAUGUGGACCACCAGCUGUCUCCAAAGACACGGAAGAGUUUUGCCUUCUCAUCUCUUCGUAUCAAAAAAAGAAACCACAGUGCAGAAGAGAAUGCAUUUGAACGGAGGAGAGUGUUACGGUCUUUUUCAUCGACCCGAGAGGCACCAAGAAAAGUGUCGAUCGCAGAUGAAGAUUUCGCUUCAGAGCUCCAUCGUGUUCGAGACCAGCUGAAGAAAUUAGAGCUGCCUGAAGGUGAGCAGCCCAAACACAGCCUGUUACCUGAUGUUUCUGGGAAACGCAGUGCAGCUCCAUCAGGUGAAGAUGACGGACAUCAAGGGGCCCUCAAGAGGUUCACUGUCAUGUGGUCCUCCUUCCGCAGAGGGAGAAAAGACAAAGCUAAAGAUGCUGAACCUGAAGCACCGCUGAGCUCAUCAGCAGCAGACAACACGUCCAGGCAGCAGCGCUACGCCAGUGGGCAGUACUUCUUCGAGUAUCUGGUGGUGGUGAGCCUCAAGAAGACCAAAGACUGCAAAAGCUACGAACCUCAGAUCUCCUACCAGUUUCCUAAGAGAGAUGGGAUGGCGAAAUUUCAAAAGGAGGAGGAGGAGAAGACCCUCAAGGCGAUCACUCUCUUUUGUUUUCCAGAGGGCAUCAACUGGGCUCCUUUGACAGAAUACCACAGCGAGACUUUCUCUUUCGUUCUGACUGAAAUCGAUGGCAGCAGAAGAAACGGAUACUGCAGGAGGUUGCUGCCAGGCGGGAAAGGAGCUCGACCACCGGAGGCGUACUGCAUCAUCAGCAGCCUGGCUUGUUUCGGCCUCUUCUCUAAGAUAUUUGAUGAGGUGGAGAAGCGGCGGCAGAUCUCCAUGGCCAUGAUCUACCCAUUCAUGCAGAAGCUGAGAGAGGCUUCAUUCCCAGCUCCCGGACACACAGUGGAGAUUAAGAGCUUCAUUCCUGAGUCGGGCACUGAGAUCAUCAGUCUGACCCGGCCGCUGGAUUCUUGGCUGGAGCACGUCAACUUCGCCACUCUGUUCGGCUGCCUGACAGACAGGGAGGUGUUGCUGGUGUUUGCAGCCGCCGUGCUGGAGAGACGGAUCGUUUUCAUUGCAGAAGAACUGGGCACCUUAUCUCAGGUCCUACAUGCAGUCGCAGCCCUCCUUUAUCCUUUCACCUGGCAGCACACCUUCAUCUCCAUUGUUCCAGAAAUCCUGAUCGAUGUAGUGAUGGCACCCACCCCCUACCUGCUGGGGGUCCAGAAGCGACUGCUGGACCAGGUCACCGACCAGGGAGAUCUGCUGGUGGUCGAUCUGUCUGAGGGUAAAAAGAAGACCUUCAUUGUUUCAAUUGGUGACGAAGACUCCAUUCUGCCCCCAAAGCUCCAAGCAGAAAUACUGGAAGAACUAAGUAGCAGACAAAAAGCAUCAGGGGUGGAGGAGCUGAACCGGGUGGUGUCACAAGCCUUCCUGCAUUUCUUUGUGAAAACAGUCGGCCAUUAUGCCUCGCAUAUCAAAUAUGAUCGCUCAGGAGAGCGCGGUGUGUUUGAGAAGAGGAGUUUCUACAAGGCCAUCGAGUCCAAGACGACUCGACACUUCGUCAAGAAUUUCAUCCAGACGCAGAUGUUCGAUCUGUUUAUUCAGGAGGUGGAGCAGCAGCAUCCUGGACCACAGCAAGGAAUUUUUCACAAAAAGAUCCUUGAAUAUCAGGAGAAGAAGAAAAAGGACAAGCCGAAGAAGCACUAGCUGUCGGUGUGGGACUCUGGGUGUACAUAUAUGAGUACAUAGGAAUGGAUGUGAAUGUUGCUCUGUGUGUUUUGUGUCCUGUCAGUCUAGUUUUAAAUAAUUAUGUACGAUGUGUGAAUUACUGUACGGUUGUGUCGCUGCUGCUCGGUGUGAGACACUGUCUUCCUGAGCGACCUCUGUGUUGGUUCUCAGCCUGCGGCCACAGUCGAGCUGCUGAGGAGCAGGAAAAUCUGUUCUAAUAAAGACUAGUUUUUUAAGUUAA